CAAGUUGAUGGUGCAGGGGUACCUACAGUCUCGUUUAAAAUCAUCAUUUCGCAAAUUCUAUGGUCGUUAUAACGAUCUAGUUUGCCAAUACAACCUAUCAUUGGGUCAAAUCAAAUUUUAUUUCGAGGUCACAGAGAUACAUUGAAUAGAUAUUGAUAUCAUUUAUACAGGAUGCCUUGUUUUCAUCAAGCAGAAUUGAAUUUAAAUCUGUUUUAGCUGGUAACAGUAAUUGAUCUUUGUACAUGUGUAUGAACAUUCUGCCACGUAGACCUUUUACAUGUUUUAGAUUUUCCAAGUAUAACUACUUCCUGUUUCAGAAUAGAACUAGUUGAUUAUCAGGAAAUUGAUAUAAAAUGGUUCUUGUUACAACUCUUAGCAAUGUGUCUUAACCUUUGAGGAGAAACAAAACUAAAGAAGAAACAUGUGUAUCAAAUAUCUCCUCCUUUUGUGGAUUUUGUGUGCAAUUUUAGAAAUUGGCAGCGCAAAACAAUUGCCACAAAGAAGAGGAAUGAACAAACACAUCCGGUACAAAAACUUCAACCGAGGUAAAGGCAACCGCGGCGACAGCAGUUACAACGGCGACAGCGACCAAUUUGACAACGACAACCACAGCGCCGACGACGAAAGAAGCGACGACAACGACAAAAAUGAUGGUGGUGACGGAGACGACAAAAGCAGUAUCGACAAGAAGAAAUUGAUAAUUAUUGCAGUGGUGGUGGGAGCUAUUGUAAUUAUCAUCGCGGUGGUUUGUUGUAUUUAUUGGGGAUGCUGCAGGUAACAUUAAAAACCUGUCAACAAU